AUGAGCCGUUCCCUAUUUUGCGCUCUUUUACUCCUCGCGGUCCCCAAGCUCUCACAAGCAUCGACCUGUGAAGACGAAGGAAUAUGGGGAUCGUGGGGCGAAUGGUCUACAUGCCCGACCGGUACCGUCAACCCAUUAAUGGACUUCCGAAAACGCAUCAGAACCUGCAUACCGCAGCCAACCGGUUGUGAGGCGUCUGACACGGGGCACCUAUUCGGAAGUGCUGUGGGAUUGUACGUCAACGACGGUUGCAACAACGACAACAACAACACCAACGACAACGACAAGCACGACGACAACAACGACAAUGACGACUACUACGACUACGACAACUACAACUGCCACUACUACCACUACUACAACCACUGCAACGACAAGCUGCCGAUACAACAACUGCGGAUGCUUCAACAGCUGCUGAUGGUGAUGCAAGCACCGGUGCUGAUAGCACAGCAGCCGAUACCACUACAGCUGCUGACGCUUCAACAGCUGACCCGAGCACAGCUGCAGGUUCCACGGAUGGCGGCACAACAGAUGCUGGAACAUCCAAUGCAGCUUCCACCCCGGAUUCAUCAACAGCGGAAGCAACGGAUGCAGCAUCGACGGACGGCGGCUCGACAGCAGGAUCAACUGAUGCAGCUUCUACCGACAGCGGAUCGACUGCAGGCUCAACCGAUGGUGUUCGCUUCUACUGAUGGAGCCUCGACCGCCGGCUCGACAGAUGCUGGUUCGACCGCGGAGGCAUCGACAGUUGGUGCAUCUACCGAGGGAUCCACGGAUGGCGCUACUUCCGAGGCGGCAAGUACGGCGGACACUGGAAUGACGACUGGCGCCGAAACGACUGCCGGAGUCACGGAGCCUACAUCUUCUAAUACUGGAGGGAGUACGGUGGUCGAUGAAUCGACAACUGUCGAGGAGACUACUCAAUGGGCGACCUCACCGGGUGAAUCCACCGCCGGUGAGUCAGCCACCAGUACGGGAUCUGCCACUGGCGGUACGGAUGGAAGCGGUGCGACAACGGCAGAUGCAACUGCAGCAACAGUCUCAUACCAGUGCGGAACUUGCGAUCAAAUCCCAUUGAUCCUACUUGGCACCAUCAACAAGACCUAUAUCGAUGCGGCCGCUGUUCUAAACAGAUAUACCGGGUCAGAUGGAUGUCGUGUGUCUCAAUAUGACUGUCGACCCAGCGCGGCCAAUGACACGCGAAUGGUCAGUACGAUCUACUACGACGACCAGCUAACCACUAUCAGCAAGCCAGCUGCCUCUCAAAGAGAUGUAUUUGAAUGCACCACAAGUGGUUGGCGAAACCAAAUCAGCGGAAAACAUGUCACCUCGUUGUCCUGUGUCUAUCAAAUGGCUACCAAUGCCUGCAACAACUGCUCCCAGCUGAUUGUCGAGAAACCGGGAGAAGAUGAAGGGGUCACGACAAUGGAUCAUUUGCGCGGAAAUUGUUCGACUGUCGCUGUUACCUGCCAGCCGAUCGAUGGAGUCCAACAAGCAAACCUCUACAUCAACGGGCGCUCCGUGGGUCUCGUGGGAUCAAGUAUCUCCCGAACGUUCACCUGCGACUCCGACAGCGACUGGUUUGACAAAACCACCGGAAUUACGAUCAAAAACAUCAGUUGCGUCCUCGUUGGUGCGAGCAGCGUCACCAGCCCCCUGACAACGGAAGCCGCCACGACCGCUGGCGAUACAGGCGCCACAACCGAGGCCUCUGAAGCGACAACCGGGGCCACUGAUGCGACAACCGGAACUUCUGAUGAGACAACCGGAGCCACUGAUGCGACAACUGAAGCUUCUGAUGGGACAACCGGAUUUUCGGAAGAUCCCGAGACAGCGACCGCCACGGACGAGCUGACUACCGGUGUUACUACCGGUGGAACUGCAGGGACAACAUCUGAAACCCUUGCUGCUUCCGACCCAACUAUGGAAACAAAAAUGGUCACCGAAACUGGCGGAACUGAGACAGCGACUGCUGAAACAGAGGUGACGACGGGCGGAACUGAGGCUGGCACGACCGUAGCGAGCACAGAAGGAUCCACUGGAGGCGAGACUGGCGAUACGGCUGAUACUACCAUGGCCAGCACUGGAGGAGAAACGACUGCCGCUACUGGUCCAACAGAAACAGCAAGCUCUGGCCCUGAUUCCACAACAGCAGACGCAGCGUCCACGAUUGGGGCAAAUACCGAAGAUACAGCUCAGACCGGUGAUACGACCGAGACAGCUACGGAAACUGCUACCGCCGAGGCGUCUACUGGUGGCGCUACGGAUGAGAUCACUACCGGAGGGACAGAUAAUACGGCGGAAACAACUGACGCUACUACAGCAGAUGCCACAACCGGGGGAAGCUCCGAUGAGACCGGAGAUACUGGUUCCACUGACGACACAACGAUGGCGGGCUCGACAGCACAGACUGAUGAAAGUACCACUGGCGGUGCUAGUACUGGUGUCUCAGAUGCUGUGUCGACCACUGGCGGGGAUACUGGUGGGACAACGGAGGCUUCAACAAACGCUGCUUCGACAGGAGGGGCAACCGGCGCGAGAAGCACUGCUGGAUCCACAGACGAAACAACAGCAGGAUUAAGUGACGAUACCACGACAGGUGCUGGAAGCGGAAGCACCACGACCGUAGCCGUGGAAACUACAACUGGAGCUGGAACUGACGAAACGACGGCUGGAGACUCGGGCGCCGAGACGACAACUGGAAGUGCAGAUGAAACCACCACAGGUGGUGGCGAAUCCACAACUGCCAGUUCGGGCGAUGGGUCAACAACAGGCGGUCCCAAAGGAGAAUGCGCACUCUGUCCAAGUGUGCAAGCCGCCCCAUUAUCGACCGGAAUGCUCUGGGAACCGACCUUUGACUUCAGCGGCUGGUACAACGGAAUGCUCGUUCUCGAUCACUACCAAGAUGCACCGGGCGCAUGCAGAAGAAUCCAAAUUACUUGUCAGAUCCAGGGAAAUAACACCGUUGGAUUGUUCCUCGAUUGCACUGAUUGCAUGAAAGAGCAAGCAAACCUGGUUUCUCUAAAUCUGGAAUGCGCGGACGACGGGAACUGGUAUUACCAAGGAGAAGUUUUCGACAAGGCCAUGUGCAUAGCCCACUCAUUCUUGACAACUACUCCGGCGCCGCCUACUACGACGACAACAACAACAACGACACCUAUCACUACAACAACGGCUUCGCCAAAUUGCGGUCAUUGUGGCCUAGUCGACGUGGUGUUCGUGAAACAGCCCGGAUACAUUGAUGGCUUCACCAGCUUGGAUAGAAGCUUCGCUGGCGACUGCUCGGUCAUGACCAUCACCUGUGAAGGAGUCGAGACAACAAGCGAUGUGACUCUGUUCGCAGGAACAACAAGCUUGGCGGAGAUGAGCGGAACGAUCACGAUGAAUGCGACAUGCAAUGCGCAAGGGCAAUGGCUGCUCGCGGGCACCCAACAAGAUCUCAGUUCAAUAUCCUGUGCUUAUAAGCCGACAAAUACUUCACAAUGCCAAAACUGCCCCAACAUUCUGGCAGAGCCGAUGACUGACGCCAGUGAAUUCGGUGUCGGUUCAAUGAACAUGACCGGCUGGUAUGAUGGCAUGCUCGUCCUUGAUCACUACUAUGAUAAUCCAAAUUCCUGCCGCAAAGUUGAGAUCACCUGCGCAGGAAAACGCCAAGACGAAGCAAGCCUGUUCCUCAACUGUGAAGGAUGUUUCGAAUCAGCCCUUUCCAGCUUUUCGAUGGGUCUGACAUGCUCUGAAAAUGCCACAUGGAUGUUCAACAGCAUGCCAUUUAACAAAGCAAUGUGCACUGGGCAUACCAUCGACAAUACUGAACCAACGCUACCAACCGUUCAGACAACAACGACCACCACAACGACAGCCACGCCAACUGGACCAACCUGCGCACGAUGUGCCCGCAUCCCUGUGGUGCCAACCGACAUGACGUCAUUCAAUGACGGCGCGACCACGAUGCUCAACGGAUUCUCUGGCAACUGUUCGACACUCACCAUCUUCUGUCAAGCACAAGCCCAAGUCGCACUCGUUUAUAAGACUACCUACUUGGCCUACGAACCGAACAACGCCUCGUUGUCCUUGGACUGUAACUCGGAUAGCCAAUGGGUCCUCGGAGCAGAUACGGAUACACCACUCAUUAUCGAUCAGAUAUCCUGCAUUUAUGCUGCCAAUCCAAUCAGCACCGGCACAACUACGACGGCCAACCCCGAUCCAGCCACGACAACAACGGUCGCGUCAAACAGUGCGUGUACCACCUGCCCUAACCUUGAGGCCGAAUACCUUACCGGUCUGAACGCGCAAGAAACUAACGGAUUGCUUUCCAUCAAUCAUUACACAGUCAAUGGUUGUCGCGUGGUCACCAUCAACUGCGUGGGAACACAUAAUGCCGAGAAUGCGUCGAUUGUAGCCAACUUGGGGACCUUUGUCGCGAUUAAUGUCGGACAAACGUCCUUGACCAUACCCUGCAGCUCGGCAGGGAAAUGGAGCUACGCCGGCGUCAGCGUCGCAAAUGUGGCUUGCAUGUUAGAAGUAUUCACCAAUGGCGUCACUGGGGAUCCAAUCACAGAUCCAGGCGUGAGCAUCAACUACACCACCGGAUCUGGUGCCUGCCAGAGCUGCUCUCCCCUAAAACUCGUCCAACCUUCUACAUUCGAUCCUGGCAUGCUGACUAUCAGUUCUACCACCGGGACCUGCAGCACUGAAAACAUCAUGUGCGAAUCGGCAGUGUCCGGCACCGGAGCCAAUCUCCUGGAUCAAGCGGGCACGGUUCUGAAUUCGGGCUCAAUGAUGGUCAACGCGACUGUUACUUGUCAAGCCGAUGGUACCUGGCAAACAUCCGGUGGCCAGAGCGUUAGUGCGUUGUCAUGCGGAGUUGGCGGCGCCGUGACGCAAUCGCUGACAACUACAACGUUGGCCCAGAUCAUAACCACCGCAGCUUCCGUGACAACGACCACCACGCUGUCAUCGCCAGUCACAGAUGACGCGACUACCCUGGCGGCAGAUUGCGGUGAGGCCGCGUGGGCAAGUUGGGAGGCAUGGUCGGUAUGCACGGAUACAUGUGGAUCAUGUGGAGUCUGGCAACGAUUUCGGCGAUGCGUGAAGCCAGCGGAUUCCUGUAAAUGCGUCGGAUCCGCGUACGAGAAGGAGCGUUGCAACACGAUGGUCUGCAAAUAUCCGCGAAACGAGAGCUGCUGUGCGGGUUUCGUGCCCGUUGGCAGUGACAGUACCUUCACAUGCGUGGCCACAUCAUCACUCAGC